AAACAUGAGUUCAGUUGCCAAAUAUAGAUGAGAAGGAUAGGAAUUACACAGUCAGAGAAGACAGAUGUAACUCAGGGGCACGGUUAUCUCAAUAGUUACUGUGGACCAAGCUAUCUUGAAUGAAUAGCUAAAGGAGUUCUAGCUUCCCGCUUUCUGAAACAAAAGGGUGAAGAGUUUCCGUUAUCCUACAUGAAAUUCUUCACAAUUUGGCUUGAAGAUUUGACAGCAUGCAGGACAGAAGUUGUGAGCAGCCUAUCCCCCUCUCUCUAACUAUGAAAGAGCCCCAUCCUUUUGAGAAAAGCACUUAUGCUGGAAACUAUGAAAACAAUUCUGAGGAUUCAUCAUCUUAUGAACUCUUUUAUGAUUCCCUAUCAGAUAUACAAGGCAGGGAAUUUUCAAAUGAGCUUUCUGCCUUUCUCAGUGAAGAUGAGAUAAACAAAAGCCUUGAACUUGCUCACCAAUCUAUUAAUUCUGUUGAUAAAGAAGUUAAGCAGGAGUGCACUUAUUUCAACACUUCUCCAAACUCACCAGAGAAUGCCUUUUCUGGGCAAGCCAAAGGACAUGACAGAGAUUCUUCCAAGAUAAAUUAUGCAACCAGCUCCACCUCCUUGUGGCCUUCAUCUCAAACUCCCACAGAGCAGCAGGGCCAGAAUACAUAUCCUCAAGAAAAAAACAAUAUUCUAAGUGUUACUAAUAAACAAGCAAGUGCUUCUCCUCUGCUGCCUGCAAGACCCAGCUUUAUUCGAAGUCUCAAGAAUGCUGAAAGACGUGGUUUAAAUUCACAAAAGGUGAGCCCUGAACCUAAAUCAGUUUUGGCAAGUAAUGUUCCCGUCAAGAAUAAGCUAUGUGACAAAGCUGCCACUUUGAUUGAAGAACUGUCUUCUAUCUUUCGUGAAGCAGCCAAGACAAGAGUUGAGAGUCCAGAUGGAAAUUCUUCUUCUCCAGAUAGUGGAUAUCUUUCUCCUAAAAGCAAGCAAUUAGCUUUGUCAAAUUCCAUAAGGAAUCCAGUUCUUGAGGAAACAAGCCUAGAAAUCACACCAAAAAAUGAGAUCCCAAAAGUCACUCAGGAUAGGAAAUGUGUGCUCCAAAGGAAAGAAGGUUCUCAGAUUAGUGAGACUGUCUCUCAGAACCAGGUUGCAAAAGAAAGUCAGAAUCAAUUAUCACCCCCUCGAUUUAUCCAGAAACUGAGGAGUCAAGAAGUCCCUGAAGGAAACAAGGUUCUACUUCAAUGCAGGGUUGCUGGAAACCCAGUACCUCAGGUCAGGUCAUUUUCAAAAGCUUGCAGAGCAGAAGAUCUUGUUCAAUUGCGGUUUUAUAACAGAUGUAGACUGUCAACUGCGAGUCGUUGGAGACAUCUGUGGUUUCAUCCAGCUGAACAGCAAACUUACCACUCCAAUUAAUACAGCAAAU